AUGUCGCUCUGGAGCAGACUCUUGAAGAAACUUGAGGUCCCCCACGAGGGCGGCACCAUUCCAGAUCCAUGGAUCAACAACGAUAUCAAGCCUGUGGAAACAGCGCGACGCAAAUGGGGAUUUUGGACAUUUAAUAACUACUGGGUGCUCAUCAAUUGCAACAUCUCGACCUACAUGACUGGGAGCUCGUUGAUUCCCUUGGGAUUAUCCUGGUGGCAAGCCAUUAUUGCCAUUGUCGUGGGAAAUAUUCUGGCUUCUGUGUUUAUUGUUCUGAAUUCGCUUCCAGGAGCAUUCUAUCACUUGGGAUUCCCCGUAGCAAACAGAUAUGUCUGGGGAAUGUGGGGAUCGCAGUGGGUUGUUUGGAACAGAAUUUUUUUGUCAAUCAAUGCCUUCCAGGCCUGGAUAGGUGGUGAAUGUGUCUAUGUUUGUUUACAGGCCAUCUGGCCUUCCCUUGAAGACCGAAUUCCAAACCAUAUGCCCGCAUCAACCGGCAUGACCACAGCCGGGUUCGUGGCGUAUAUUGUAUUCAUGGUAAUUUCGUUACCUUUCGUCUACGUGCGACCACAGAAUCUGCAGCUGCUGUUCUAUUCCUCUGCCGCCAUCGUGCUCGUCUUCGAGGUCGUCAUACUCAUCUGGUCACUGGCCACAAUGGGGAGCAGCGGGUUUGGAGGUACCAUGUCAUCUGCAACAACCUCCUCCGGUUGGAUGAUCGCCUACGGCAUUAUCAGCACCAUCGGCAGUAUCGCGGCUGGUAUUCUUAACCAGACCGACUAUGCGCGUUUUGCGCGGAGGCCACGAGAUGCUAUUUACGGCCAGAUUAUUAGUGCUGCACUCUGUGCUAUUGCGUCCAGCGUCAUCGGCAUCCUUGUCACUGCGGCCACGCAGAACCGCUAUGGCGAAGCAUUGUGGAAUUUGCCAAAUCUCCUGAGUGCUGUCAUCGAGACCGGUGGGUCUCGUUCGCGUGCCGCAGCGUUUUUCGGGGGAGUGGCUCUUGUAGUUUCACAAAUUGGUGUCAAUGUUCCUGGUAACGCUCUUUCCGGAGGCUUUGAUUUCGCAGCCACCUGGCCGAAAUACAUCAAUAUCCGACGCGGAGCCUACCUGACAGUUCUUAUCUCCAUCGCCGCCAAUCCAUGGAAGCUAGUGAAUACCGCGACCACAUUCAUCACUGUGUUGAGCAGCUACUCCGUCUUCGUAGGGCCCAUGGUUGGGCUCAUGAUUUCUUCAUACCUUAUCGUCAACCAAAGCAAGAUUAAGGUUCCGGAUCUGUUUGUUGGAAAUAAAAACAGCAUUUAUUGGUAUACGUAUGGAAUCAACUGGCGAGCAGUGGUAGCGUGGAUCAGUGGAGUUGUCCCCUCUCUACCCGGCUUUGCUGCGUACGUGAACCCCAACGUCUCGGUCCCAAUCGGAUUGACACACCUGUACUACAUCUGCUUCUUGACGGGAAUGUCCAUCAGUGCCGCUGUAUAUAUAGCUCUGCACUAUGCCGUACCCGACAAACGACUUCAAGCUUUUGUCAACUCUGCGCCUCCGGCCCGGCAACUGAUGGCAGAGUAUCGGGAGUUGUACGAUAAUCCGGAUGAGGUGUCAUACGUGGAUGUAGCACAGGGUAAGAUUGAUGCCUGAAUGUCGUUAAUUUUAGUUUAUAAUGUAGAAACUAAACCAUUGUUUACCAUUGAUCAAG